AUGAAGAUUCCUUAUAACAAAGUACAUGUCCACGGGCAAAUCCUCUUUGCUGCUCGUGGAGGCGCAAUCCAUACUUUCAAUCUCACAGACGGCAGCCACAUCUCAUCAUGGAAGCAUCCUGACGCCGACAAAGUCGCACAAUCUAUCAAAGCUAUGAACGAGGCCAAGGCCGAAGCUGCGCUCACUAUAGAAGCGGAAACUCCAGCAACUGAAAGCGACGGUCCGCCAGCUAAACGGCAAAAGCUGGAGGCUCAGGAUGAAAAGCCCCAGGCCGGCCAUUUCGACGGCAGAGGGAAGAAGGGCAAAGGAAAGGCUGCAAAAGAUUUUGAUAAUGGCAAAACCCGUUUCGCUCGUGUGCCUGACCGGCCCGUGAUCACUCAUCUGACAAGUACUCCCAAUGGAAACCAUGUGGUGGCCAUAACAGGACAUGACAAGAUCAUUUGGGUGUUUGAGCAUGAUGGAAACGGCCAGCUGAAACAGCUUAGCCAAAGGACUAUGCCAAAGCGACCAAGCGCAGUUGCCAUUGGACCAGACUCUCAAAUCAUCAGCGCCGACAAGUUCGGAGACUCCUUCAAGCCCACUGCGACCACACUCACCGUCCACUCCAAAGGCAACCGUCUCGCUCUACUCAACCAAAUCAAACAAGCUGAACUCGCCAACGAAGCCAAGGACGGCAAUGCUGGCGGUCCGGGUUUCGAACUCAACUUGCUGCUGGGACACGUCUCCAUGCUGACUGCUCUUGUCCUCGGUGAGCAGCAGGGACGCAAGUACAUCAUCACAGCGGACAGAGAUGAGCAUAUCCGAUUGUCACGCUACAUCCCCCAAGCGCACAUCAUUGAAAACUUUUGCUUUGGUCACAAGGAGUUUAUCAGUGACAUGGUUAUCCCUGCGGCCAAACCAGAGAUUCUCGUCUCCGGAGGCGGUGAUGAAGAUAUUUUCGUUUGGGACUGGCUCGCUGGCAAGCAGCUCUUCAAGACCAGCAUCCUGUCUCUCGCCCAGGAGAUUGCUCCUGAAACAACAACGGUUGCCGUUUCGGGUCUUUACACUCUGCUUUAUCCCUCGGAAGACGGCCCCAUGACAUACAUAUUAGCCAUCUGCGAAGACAUCAAAGCAAUUUUCUCAUGGAAGCUCAACGAAAACAACGAGCUCCACUGCCCAGGCAUCAUCCAACUCCCCGGCAAACCCCUCUCCCUCACAAUCUCCCCAACCGACGAUGCCGCUCCCACCGUCAUUGCCGCCAUUGAACCCGAUGCGGAAACCAAGGCCCAAAGCCUCCACGCAUUCCGCCUGACCACGACCAACGGCAGACUGGCCGUGGAUGUUGAAUCCUGCUUCAAGGACAAGGAAGUAGAGGCACACGAGCCCGAGAUUAGUGAAGAGGACGUCCGAGGGCUUUUGUACACCGUCGAGAGCCUGCGGAAGGUGGUCACUGGCGGGCCGGACGAAGAAGGGGGCUCGGAAACACCACAGGGCAAUGUUGAUAGUGACGUGGCUGUAGAUACAGGUGAUGGCGAGGAGUAA